AUGGGAAGUGAAUCGAAUGACUUCGACCUUUCCGAGGAAUCUAUCCGCUCCUCCCUCGCGAAGCUCAAUGAAGAUAUUGAAUUCAAGGCUAGCAUUGGCCACGACGUGAACUUCGCCAUCCAGCGAUCCGACCUCAAGCCGGCAAUAUACCUCUGCGUCAGCGCAGGAAGGAUAUCCCUUGCGGACCCAGGAGUCAACCCGCAGUUCACCCUGAAGGCGCGUCCCGAGCAUUGGCAGCAAUUCUUUGCGGCCGUGCCGAAGCGCCCUUUUCAAACAUUCUGGGGUAUGAUCCGCGUCCUGGGGAAGCCCGCUGGCGUAGAAGUCCUAGGAGACGAAGAGGCAUUCACCAGGCACGCUCGGACAUGGAGGAUCGUCCUGGACCGCAUACGAGAGGCAGUGCACGGCGGACAAGCCCAUUCGGCCCAGGGAGAAGAGGAAUACACUUCAGAAGACGAGACCGACGACGACUCCAUCAUAGGCCAUUACACCUGGCUUACCCUCCCGCCGCUAGGGAAAUGCAAGAUCUUCUACGAACUUUCAGGGCAGGGCAAUCAACCGAUCCUCUUCCUCCAUACAGCCGGGGCCGACUCGCGGCAGUACCACUCCAUGAUGCUCAACAGGGACCUGCAGUCCCGAUAUAGAAUGUAUGCCUUCGACCUCCCAGGCCAUGGCCGCUCCUUCCCCGGCCAGAAACAAUACCCGCUAUCGUACGCCAACUCUGAAGACUUUUAUGUGACAUGCAUCCGCUCAUUCCUCGGUAAACUCGACAUCCGCCGCUCCAUCGUCACCGGCGCGUCCAUGGGCGGCCAGGUCUGCUUAGCCGUCGCUCUCCGCGCGAAAGAACUCGACGUCCGCGGCGUGAUACCAUGUGAGGCGUGCGACUUCAUCCCCUCGGCGGCGGGGUCCACCAUCUACAAGCUCGAAGGCGACGAGGCCAUCCUCAAUGCCGAGAGGGUAUGCGGCAUGAUCAGCCCGACCUCGCCGGCCAUCUACAAGCGGCUGAACUGGUGGCUUUAUUCGGCCCAGGCGUCGCGCAUUUUCCCCGGCGACCUCAAAUUCUACUUUGACGGGUGGGAUGGCAGGGAGAGGAUGCACCUCAUGGAUACGGAGGAGUGUCCCAUUUACAUGCUCACGGGAGAGUACGAUUACAGUUGUAGCGUGGAGAUGUCUCGGGCCACGGCGGAGAAGAUUCAAGGUGGCAAGAAAGGCAGCCAGGUCGUGUUCGAGGCGAUGGACGGGUUGGGUCAUUUCCCGUUCAGUGAGGAUCCAGUGCGGUUCAUCCCGUACUUUAAGAGAGCGCUGGCGUAUAUUGCGGAGAGGAGUCGAGGCUAA